AAAGGCUGAGUCAUGAAAUUCCUGGCUGUAUUCGUUGCUGUGCUAGCGGUGGCUGCUGGUACCCGCCACAGAUGGACUGUAAGCGAGCUGUCCGAGGCUAUCCAGAACCCAAUCACUAGCCCAUCUCUGUUGCCCGCUCUGAAACAUGGACUGAACGCUUACAUGGAAGCUAUCUUCUCCGGUUUGGAUUACGAAUACAUUUACAUCAGCACUGCCGCGGUUGAUCUAUCCACUUGGACUCUUCAAGACCUGUCCAGUGCUUUGGAGAAUCCCGAGACUGAUCCCACUCUCAUACCUUACCUCGAAGAAGCUAUUAAUGCUUUGAUGCAAGACAUAUUUGCCGGAUCUGCCCAGCCUAGUACUUCUGUCGUCAUCCCCGCUAGAGACCUCUCUUACUGGAGAUUGAAUGAGUUGUACGAAGCUCUGUUGAGCUCAGAAACCAGCACCGACUUGGCGCCUUACCUGAUUAACGGUCUUAACAUUCUGUCAGCAGCCGGCGCAGCUGGUAAAGAAGUGGACGCUGUCGUUUUGGCUAUUCCUUUGGACCUCCUGCCCUCCGUUGAGGUUGCCGUUCACCCCGAAGCUAUCGUCGACCCCGAGCCUCAGCCAAUAGUCCCUGAACCUCAGCCGAUACUCCCCGAACCUGUGCCAGUUCCAAUUCCUGAGCCAACACCGGAAACCCCUGCUGCCCCCGUCGCCCCCUCCAACAGCCCACUUGUUCAAAUCAUCUUGAACAUCAACCAAGAGAACCAGGCGUCUGUCGACGUGCCCGCCUCUAACCCCGUUGUCGAGCGCCCCGUGCCCGAAAUCACCGUUGAGCCAGUCCACAUCAUCGACAGGCCCAUCCCUGAGGCCACCCUCAACCCCGUCGACGUGAUCUCGCCCCCUAUCCCCCUCCCUGAGUACAACCCCAUUGAUGUCAUUGCUGUUGUGCCCAACCCUGCAGGCAACGCUGUAGGACCCAUCGUUUAAAUUGGAAAUUUGUUACAGCACAUAACUAACUUAAUGUCUAUUGAAAUAAAGAACUGAGUAUUAUAUAA